AUGAAUCUCCCAAGCCAUAAUGAUAUAAACGCCGCAAGACGACACGGCUCAUUCCAAUUAACAUCCCCGAAAAAUUGUAUCCAGUUUCUAAACUGCAGGGAAGUGCUAGGAGAAGUCGGAGCACCCUUCCGUAAAAUCUCAAGCUUUAGUUUAUCUUCCGGAGUCAGCGCAAUGUGGAAGGUGGAAAAUAUUGGCUACAUCCUCAAGUGUGGGAGCAAACUCUCCCCAUGA